UCUUCCCUGUACAUGAGAUACCUGCUUGUUUCGAAGGCUCUCCAGAGACAAGAACAGAGGCAGAGGAAUAGCAGCAAGAAAUAAAAGUGGAAAGACAGGCAAGAAGUCUGUUGAGAGAGGGGGAAAGGAGGAGGAGAUAAGAAAGAGAUGGGCAGGUGGACCAGAGACUAGAGAGAGGCAGCUGUUGGAGGAAAAACACAGGGGGAAGUCUGAGGUGGAGCAUUGCUGCCUCAGUUUGCAGUUAUUCGGGGACAGGUUGAACAGGUUUUUCCCUACACAAUACCUGUUUCUCCCUCUCUCCUCACCAUUUAUAAAAAUAUACACCACCGGUUGGAAAGAGGAGGAAGUGAAACGGAAAACAGGACUGGGGGGAAAAGGUGGAAAGAGUGAGAGUGUUCAUCUCAACAUUUGGCCCAGAGAGGAGUUUAAGGAUGACUGAGGACGGAGAGUAUUUUGGAAAGCAUGGUGAGCCACGGAAAUAUGAUCCUACCUUCAAGGGCCCAAUUCAAAACAGGGGCUGCACAGACAUUGUGUGCUGCAUCCUCUUCAUUAUCGCCAUAUUGGGUUACAUUGCAGUGGGAAUACUUGCUUGGUCCCAGGGCGACCCCAGGAAGGUGAUCUACCCCACAGACAGCAGAGGCCAGUUCUGUGGGCAGGCUGGCACCCCACUGGAGAAAAAGCCCCUGUUGUUCUACUUCAACAUCAUGAAGUGUGCCAGUCCCAUGGUGCUGCUGGAGUUCCAGUGUCCCACCACACAGAUGUGUGUGGAGAAGUGUCCUGAUAAGUUCAUGACACUGCUGAAGGCCCAUGCCAUUAGCAAGGAAUUUGACUACUACAAGAACUUCUGCAAGGAAGGUGUGAUGAACACAAUGAGUGUGCCAGAGAUCCUGAGGCAAGGUCUGUGUCCUGCCAUGCUGACCCCCAGCAAGCCCUUCACUCGUAGGUGCUUCCCAGCCCUGGGUCAGAAAGGAGGGGCAAUUACUGUGGGAAACAACUCUCACUUUGAUGAUGGAACUGGGAGGAUGAGAGACGCCAAGGAUCUAGUGGAUGGAGUCAAGAAUGCCACUGUGGUGAUGGAAGCCCGUCAGGUCGUGAUGAAAAUCUUUGAGGAUUACACACAGUCCUGGUACUGGAUCCUCAUAGGGUUGGUUAUUGCUAUGCUCACCAGCCUGCUCUUCAUUGUCCUGCUGCGCUUCCUGGCAGGGAUUAUGGUCUGGGUCAUGAUCGUCAUGGUGAUACUGGUCAUAGGAUACGGUAUCUUCCACUGCUACAUGGAGUAUGCUGCCCUGAAGGGGCAGGCGGGUGCUAAUGUGACACUGCAGGAUCUGGGCUUCCAGACAGACUUCUCAGUGUACCUGCAGAUCAGACAGACCUGGCUUGCCUUCAUGAUUAUCCUGGCCAUCGUGGAAGUCAUAAUCAUCCUGCUGCUCAUCUUCCUCAGGAAGAGGAUCCUCAUUGCCAUUGCUCUUAUCAAAGAGGCCAGCAGAGCCAUUGGGCAUGUGAUGUCUUCCCUUUUCUACCCUUUGUUCACUUUUGUCCUGUUGGCCAUGGUCAUCGCCUACUGGGCAGUUACUGCUGUUUUCUUGUCCACCUCUAAUGAGCCCAUCUACAAAGUGUUCAAUGAAACAGACUGUGUGCACUCGAGGAAAACAUGUGACCCAGCUAACUUCACAACCUCUCACAUGAAAGCGGAGUGCCCGGACUCAGAGUGCCUGUUUGCCUUCUACGGUGGAGAAACUGUUUACCACAAGUACCUGAUCGGUCUGCAGUUCUACAACGUCUUCCUCUUCUUCUGGUGUGCCAAUUUUGUCACGGCUCUGGGACAGAUGACCCUGGCAGGGGCUUUUGCCUCCUACUACUGGGCCUUUGUCAAGCCUGAUGACAUGCCAGCCUUCCCAAUCUUCUCUGCCUUGGGGAGAUCUCUCAGGUAUCACACAGGAACUCUGGCGUUUGGCUCCCUCAUCCUGUCCAUCAUUCAGAUCAUCAGGGUGCUGCUGGAAUAUCUGGACCACAAGCUUAAAGGAGCCCAAAAUAAGUUUGCCAAGUUCCUGCUUUGCUGCCUAAAGUGCUGCUUCUGGUGUCUGGAGAAAUUCAUCAAGUUCCUCAACAGAAAUGCCUACAUUAUGGUGGCAAUAUAUGGUAAAAACUUCUGCACUUCAGCCAGAGAUGCCUUCUUCCUCCUAAUGAGGAACAUGAUCAGGGUAGCUGUCCUGGACAAGGUGACAGAUUUCCUCUUGUUCCUGGGCAAACUGCUCAUUGUGGGGCUUGUGGGAGUCUUUGCUUUCUUUUUCUUCUCUGGGAGAGUGAAAGCCUUUGAGAGUACAGCUCCCAGUCUCCACUACUACUGGGUCCCCAUCCUGACUGUGGUGGUUGGCUCCUAUCUCAUCGCCCAUGGUUUCUUCAGUGUUUAUGCCAUGUGUGUGGACACACUCUUCCUCUGCUUCUGCGAGGACCUGGAGCGCAAUGACGGGUCGGCUGCGAGGCCUUAUUACAUGUCUUCGACGCUCCAUGAGAUUUUGUGGGAGAACAAAGCUGAGGAUCCAUCUCCAUCUUCUGAUCCACUUCAUCAGCCAGAAGAUGAAGACGUCCAGCUGAAGCAACAGCAGACUCAGAUGCAGGAGAAGGAGGAAGCAACUUAGUUGGGGGGAAUAGUGUGGGCAAAGACACCAUUGGCACACUGUAUUUCCAGCACAUUUGUCACCAAGUUAUGGGCAUAAUGCACUACAAAUGUGCCACUUUGUCAAGUGCACGUUAACACUGAUGACUCUUGUCUGGAGACAAAGGAAAUAAUGGCAGCAUUAAUCUGAUACUUGAUUGAUCCCUACAAGGAAAGUCUCUUUUUGCUUUUCCCUCUCCACAUAGGGACUAGCUAUAGAACAGCAACCCUUAGUGUGGUUGGGCUUCAGUGUUGUUGCCCAAAGGCACUUAAACAGAGGACUCAAAUUUGGUAUCAUGGUACUUACCUUUGUAUGGUGACAGUAUUAUCCUAUCCUAUUAAGCCUAGGCCUAUUAAUGUCCAGUGCAAUCACAACAUUGUCACCCUUGUCUUUCAUUACAAGGAAAUGUAGAAAAAAGUUGUUAAAGUAGCUUGACAGAAUGUAAAGCAUGUCUCCAGUAAUGAGGGCUUUCAAAUGUGUACAGAAAUAUGUGGAUAUUAUGUAGUAUUAAUGCCAUCAAAUCUCAAAGGUGGCCUAUUACAAGGGGUAUAGUUUACAAAGUUGACCGUGUUGACAACUUCGUGUCCUCGCCUGUGGUGAUUUUGUGCUUCUGAUGUCUGUAGUUGGUUGAUGGUAGUGCUGGACACGUUCCCAAACUGUUGAAUUGCCACUUUACAGUUAAUAUUCUGGAAAUGUCAUGAAGUGGUUAUUGGCCUUUACUAGGGUACACUGACAUUUUUAGACUUUGCCUUUCAACAUGGAGUUUCUAUCACUGCCACUGGCCAAUAGAAACUCGAAGCCAAGUAUGUGCCUAAUUUACAGUGUUAGUCUUGGUCUAAUGUUCGCACCUUGAACUUAAAAUUCUUGAAGUUAUUGAAUUGUUUACAGUGGAUGCACUCAAAACCAGGUGUUCACUAUACUGUAUUAUCAAUGCACUGUUAUUAUCUAUUCACUGGUCUUACUAAGCCAUAAGUGAUUUUAUAUGAAUACUUGUGGUUCUCUCUAGGCUAGUAGCCUGGUACUAUCAUACGCUGACCCUUUGACCGUAGAGCAAAGCAUUUGCAUUCAGUGCCUCUUUGCCAUAAAACAUGUGCCUGGUGGUGCAGAUGGUUUCUGAAACAGUAUUGUCGGCAGUGAGUCUCCACUGCAUGAAGCUAAUGGGUUUGAACUGCCUAAAUGGUAGCUCUUAGUUUUGAUUUUUGUUUUUUUUUGUGUGUGUGUGUGUGUGUGCAUGUUUGUAGUCGUAGUCUAAGAUACUGAUUAAAGCUACAAGUGUCUGUUA